UUAGUUGCUUUGUGAAGGUCGGUGGAGAUCAAUAGAAUUUGUGCUAUUCAUUGCGAACUAACAAACAGAAAAAAUAUCUUAACGAUGCUGCGCCUAAUUGCCUUUUUGCUAUAUCUACAGAUGAAAAAUAUACCUGUUACCGAAGCACUACAGGUUGAAAUUGUUCUUGACCAACCAUUGAUGAUUAAAAAUGUUGGACCGAACGUUCUAGCUACAACAUUAUUAAUAACUAUGCCACCUGGAGAUUCGGGACUCUAUGCACAUACUCAUCCAGGACCGGCUGUAGGUUAUGUCUUUACAGGAGACUUACUCUUUCAGGUGAAUGACGAAUUGCCGAAAAUUCUUCCAGCUGGCAGCACUUUUUAUGUGAACGACAGUGAACGUCAUGUGUGGGAUGCCAAUGCAUCUAACACUACAACAUGCAUAGUAAUAGCAACAAUAUUCGGUCGUCCAAAUGAAGAAAUUACAACUUUUCUUACAAAUUUCAAACGAGAAAGCCGUAACGAUGCAUUAGCCAGAGCGAAAGGUCUUUGAGAAAAUUGAUAUUGUAUGUUUGGCGGGUGAGGGAACUGGGAAGAGUAAUUGAAUUAAUAAAACGUUUAUGCUUCUCCAAACGUACU